AUGGCCCCUCCGCCGACAAUCACAACGAAGCUCAAGGUUCAGCUCAAGCUGGCCAUCGCACGGCUGCGCAUGGUUCAACAGCGCGACGAUUCCAUGUCCAAGACGCAACGACGCGCGAUGGCGCAGCUCCUCGAGGUGGGCAAGAUAGACUCUGCGCGCAUUCGCGUCGAGAACAUUAUCCGAUCUGAUAUCACGACCGAAUUGCAUGAGAUACUGGAGCUGUACUGCGAGCUUCUGAUCGCGCGAGCGGGGCUACUAGAGGGGUCGACAUGUGAUCCGGGCCUGGAGGAAGCGGUCAAGAGCAUCAUCUACGCUGCGCCCAAGACGGAGAUCAAGGAGCUGCAGGUGGUGCGGACGCUGCUGGGCGAGAAGUACGGCAAGGAAUUUGUUCUGUCGGCGAUGGAGAACUCAGACGGCAAGGUCUCGGAGAAGGUUAUCAAGAAGCUGAGCGUUACACCGCCGAGGGAAGAGCUCGUACAAGGGUAUCUGGAGGAGAUUGCGAAAGCAUACAACGUGGACUGGCCGAGGCGGCCCCGCGCUGAAGAGCAGCCCGACCUGCUGGACGACGAUGAUGAAGACAGUCCGAGUGGUGGAAUCGGCAUGAGGAUACCCGAGGGCAACAGCUCGAAGCUAGCCCAAGAGCAGGAGGAGCUGAGCAAAGCCACGCCGCCGAGGACGAUUGGGGUGCCAAGCAGUCCCCUAACCGUCACGCCGCCCAGGAUGACAACGGAUAACAUCCACCCCAAAGUGACGCUGAACUCGUUGGAGCUGAAGCCGAACAAGAAGAUGGACGCGGCGGUGCAGAAGAAACCCAACUCUCAGGGUCCGGGGGGCAGCGUGCCUGACAUCACCGAGUUGGAGAGGAGAUUUGCAGCUCUGAAGAGGUAA